AUUGAUCCUCUCCCUCUAUGUCGUUCUCUCCCACCGUCGUCUUCCUCUCCGCCGUCGUGUCUCUCUUGUCCGGCCACAAUUCUCUCGUCCGUAACUGGCGAACGGCGGAUGCCGCAACCGCCGCUUAGUGCUCCGACAAUCCCAGCUUAGUCGUUGCUUCGUCGUUGCCUUUUCCGACGAACACGACCGACGUCUGGUGGUUGAGCAACCGGCGGUGGCAUGGAACGUGCACUGCCUUUUGAUUUUGUGGUUUUCCCUUUGUGCAUCGACACACACUUUGUUGUCUAUUGUGUUGAUAUACGAAAGAAGCAAUUCCAAUUUAUGCACAGUUUCCUGAAGUGUGGGAAAAAUAACAGUACAAACUGAUGGGGAAGAAAUUUGUAUAGCAGUCAAGCGGCACUUCCUAUGGUGCUUAUGCUCUCACUUUCCUAGAGUUUUGGAAUGGUGCAAGAGAGCACAGAUGGAAGUCCUUGUGGAAUAACCCCGUCUGCAUCAGCAUGAGGAGAGCUGAAUGCUAGUUUAUUUUUGAUAUUAUUAGGGCCGAUUGUCAUUUGACGUUUUAUUAUUCUAUGGUUCUAAACAUACAUUGAUAUGUUCUAUUGGCGAAGUUAGUCAUAUGAGUU